AUGGUUAACGAAAAACGAAGGUCCCGUUCCCGGGAACGCGACGUUCGCACGGACCGGGAUCGUGAAAGGGAACGUGAACGAGAUCGUGAACGGGAACGUGAACGAGACCGCGAUAGGGACCGUGAACGUGACCGCGAUCGAGAACGAGAUCGAGAUUGGGAUCGAAGAAGGGACCGGGAACGCGAUCGACACCGAGAUGCGCCCCCAAGGGAUCGUCCUGGUGACCGGGAACGCGCUGAACGAGAAAGAGAACGUGAACGAGACCGGGAUCGUGAUCGGGAUCGAGAUCGGAGUGAUGAAAAGGAUAAAUCCAAGAAGGAUAAGCUAGACGAUGAGCAGGAGGAGGAUCUCAAGAAAGCGGAUACCAAAGCAGGGCUCCAACAAGAAAACACGAAAAAAGAGCCACUUUCAUUGGAAGAACUUCUCGCGAAAAAGCAAGCUGAGGAAACUGCACGAAGCAAACCGGUAUUUAUCACAAAAGAACAACGUGCUGCAGAAGCUCUCAAGCGUCGCCAGGAACAAGUGGCGGCCAUGAAAGCGGCUACCGGUGGUCAUGUGCCAAAGUUUGGUGACGUUCCUGUUACGGCACUGUUAAUACGGGAGAAACGUGACCCACUCGAUAAGUAUGACCGACGAGAACGUGAGCGGAAAGGUAACAACGACGAACGAGAAAAGGAUAAGGAUAAUGAUAAACGGCGCUCUGGUGCAACCGGAACCGAGGCUGAACCGGUCGUAAAAGAUAAAGAAAAGGAACAGGAAGCGAUUCGGGAGCGAUAUUUGGGAAUAGUAAAGAAAAAACGGCGCGUGCGGCGGUUAAAUGAUCGGAAAUUUGUAUUUGAUUGGGACGCCGGAGAAGACACCUCGAUCGACUACAACAAUCUGUACAAGGAACGACACCAUGUACAGUUUUACGGCCGUGGGCAUGUCGCUGGAAUAGACAUAAAAGAGCAGAAACGUAAGCAGAGUAAGUUUUACGGCGAUUUGUUGGAAAAGCGCCGUACGGAGGCGGAGAAAGAGCAGGAAAAGGUUCGAUUGAAGAAGGUGAAAAAGAAGGAAGACAAACAGAAGUGGGACGACCGGCACUGGUCUGAAAAGGACGUGGACGAGAUGACCGAGCGUGAUUGGCGUAUAUUCCGCGAGGAUUACAAUAUUACGAUCAAGGGAGGAAAAAUUCCGAAUCCAAUCCGCACCUGGAAGGAAUCCGGAUUUCCGAAAGAGAUUCUCGAAAUCAUCGAUAAGGUGGGCUAUAAGGAUCCAACUCCCAUUCAGCGACAGGCUAUUCCGAUUGGACUGCAAAAUCGUGACAUUAUCGGUAUCGCGGAAACAGGUUCGGGUAAAACACUUGCCUUCCUGAUUCCUUUACUAACGUGGAUUCAGUCGUUGCCCAAGAUCGAUCGUUUAGAGACAGCUGAUCAGGGUCCGUAUGCAAUUAUUCUCGCCCCAACUCGCGAACUUGCACAGCAAAUCGAAGAAGAAACCCAAAAAUUCGGUACACCGCUUGGCAUCCGAACGGUGGUCGUAGUGGGUGGUUUGUCUCGCGAAGAACAAGGAUUCCGAUUACGUUUAGGUUGUGAGAUUGUGAUUGCCACACCGGGUCGAUUGAUUGAUGUGCUGGAAAAUCGCUACCUCGUGCUGAAUCAGUGUACUUACAUUGUAAUGGAUGAGGCAGAUCGUAUGAUCGAUAUGGGUUUCGAACCAGAUGUGCAGAAGAUUUUGGAAUAUAUGCCCGUUUCUAAUCUAAAGCCAGACACCGAGGAAGCGGAAGACGCUUCGAAGCUAAUGGAAAAUUUCAACACAAAGAAAAAAUAUCGUCAAACGGUCAUGUUUACCGCAACUAUGCCACCGGCUGUGGAACGUUUAGCUCGCACUUAUCUGCGACGACCGGCUACGGUGUACAUUGGUUCCAUCGGAAAGCCAACAGAACGCACGGAACAAAUCAUACACAUCAUGGGCGAAAACGACAAGCGCAAGAAGCUGAUGGAGAUUUUAUCGCGAGGUGUCGAGCCACCGUGCAUUAUUUUCGUCAACCAAAAGAAGGGUGCCGACGUGCUGGCUAAGGGUUUGGAAAAACUGGGCUACAACGCUUGCACGCUCCAUGGUGGCAAGGGUCAGGAGCAGCGUGAGUAUGCACUUGCAUCGCUCAAGAACGGUUCGAAGGACAUUUUAGUCGCAACGGAUGUGGCCGGGCGUGGUAUCGACAUUAAGGAUGUAUCGCUCGUCAUCAAUUACGAUAUGGCCAAAACGAUCGAGGAUUACACACAUCGUAUUGGUCGUACUGGUCGUGCCGGAAAGACGGGCUGUGCGAUUUCUUUCUGUACCAAGGACGACAGUCAUCUGUUCUACGAUUUGAAGCAGAUGCUCAUGUCCAGUCCAGUGUCAGUGUGCCCACCGGAAUUAAUGAAUCAUCCAGAUGCACAGCACAAGCCAGGCACGGUUGUGACGAAAAAACGACGGGAGGAAAAAAUAUUUGCUUAAAUAGUUCGUCUUUACUAAUGUUCUUUACGCGUAACACUCUUGUAGUGUGUUUGAUG